AAAGACUCUGAGAAGUCAGAAAAGCUUUGGUGUCUGUGCAAAGCUUGUGAGGGAGGAUUUUGUUUGUGUGCGGAGCUAAAGGAAAAAACAACACCAGCAGAGGCUGAGCUUACAUAUAAUGGAGCUGGGUCUGGUGCAGAGGUUGUUACUAAUACAAAUACUAAUCUCUGAUAUAUGGACCCAAGAGAGACCAGGACCAAUGAGUGCAGAAUGCUUUGGGAACCUUUUGCGUAUAACACUAAGUGCAGAAUACUUUGAGGACAAAUACUUAUUCUUCUCUGUUGUUGAUCAAUCUGGCAUAGCCUGGGAGCUCAAUGAGGCCAUGGCAUCACAGUGUGGCUAUACAGUAACUUACAGCAACUGGAGUUACAUCGAAUUUCAUGCUUCUGCACUGAGCUGCCAUUCUCACUUAGAAGAAGAUAUGUUCAUAAUAACUGUAGAAAUUAAAGCAUCUCAUGCUGCUGAUAUGAAAAAUGCUACAACUCAUGUGAAAAGUGCAAGUUGCUCUUAUGGUCCAUGGAGGUCGAGAGAGCUAGUAUGUGAAAGUAACUACAUGGAGGUUUCUGUCAGGAGGGAGGUUCCGCAGAUUGUAAAGGACAUCAUCGAAGAUGAACCUGAGGACUGGUAUCUUGGCUUUCUGGAGGCAAAAGCAGGAGAAGCCUCAAUAUGGCAAAUAGUUUUUCAUCAGCCAGAAGAAAAAACAGCUCUGCUUGUGAGUGAUGCUUGGAGUGCAGGUUAUGGACUCAACACCACAGACACCCGGGUUGUGCUGCGAAUACCGUAUACUGCUGCACAAAUUCAGCUGGUCAAGGAUCAUGGAAUUACCUUCUCUGCAGUGAGAGCAAGUAUAUUUUACAAACAACAAUGGAUGAUCCUGAUGGUGGAUACUGCUGUGGCGUGUCCUGUAGAUGGUGUGGACUACAUUAACAAAACCAUCAUCUGGACUGUUCCAAAAUACAUGCAACCAGUCUCUGCUGGAGAAACUAGCUUUAAGGAUGUGCUUGUUGAAGCUGGUGUGGAUCUAAACAAACUCUCUGCCAAUGAAAUGGCUUCCAGGAAAUAUGUCUUAUUGAAUGACUUAAAUGCAAUUAUGAUGAGGAUACCAAUAGGUGCAGAAGGUGGCUCUUACAAGACUUCUGUGAGCAGUGGACAGCAUGGGACAAAAUACGCUAUCAACCUGUUCUUGGAACAUCAGUGGGAAGAUAACAAAUGGGGACUAAGUAAAUAUAUUAUCAUCAAGGAAAUAGAAACGCCAUUUGAACAAGUGGAACUUGCUAUAAGCAACAAUUCAAAUCUGAGUUUGAGGCUAAUGAAUGUUACAGUGGGAACAUUCCUCCCAGAUGUGAAGCUUGUGAAGUUAACCAUUGAGGGGACAACUGUUGCCUUACCUGAAGCUGUUCAGCAUGGUUAUCUAACAUACGAGAUCAGAUAUGCUAAUGGAAGCAAAGCCUACACAAUACAAGUCUCACUUGAUGCACCAAGCAUUAAGAAAGAGUACAUGGGAGCAGAUAUGAGAGCAUACACCCUGAAUGUUACACUUGGAUUCAUAAUUCAUCCAACAAGUGAGACCUUCACUGUCCCAGUCAUAACAGUGUCAGCUGUUAAAGAUGCAGUGCUACCCAGUGCGAGAGGAUUUUGUGAUGGGAAGAACCUUCAUCUCGUUAUCACUCAUGGGAAUGUGGGCCAAAACUGGCUCCCCUUCAUCUCAGACAGGCACCUGACCCCAGAGUCUGUGAAGAAGUACAGCUACAGCCUGAGAGACAAUGGCACUCACUUGGCAAUCUCUGUCCCUUUCCUUUCUUCCCAUGUGAACUAUGAGGAUUUUCAUGCCUCUGGAAUAAAGGCUUCACUCCACCUAACCUUGAAGGAUGGCAUCACCUUGGCUAAUAAGAGGGAAUUCUCAGUUUCCUGCAGCUUUUCACCUUCCCAGCUAAUACAGUGCCUACCCAACGGUACUGUGGUUAUUACUGCAGUAAAAUUGGUGGGAGCUGCAGACCUGGACACUAGCCUGUUUGUUUUGAGGGAUAGACAGUGUAAACCCAGUCUAGUGACAGAGAGGACUGCAACCUUCAAGUUCAAUGUGAACACCUGUGGGACAAGUAGAAAGUUCAAUAGCACAACUAUGAUGUAUGAAAAUGAUGUACUCUACUUCAGACCCGGCAGUGAUACACCAGUAUACCGGCUGAAAUUUGUAUGCUGGUAUGCAAUCAAGCAGGCUGUUGAUGUCCAAUAUGAAUCUAAGAAGAACCCACCACCCAGUAUUAAGCCAGGGUUUGGCUCUCUUGCUCUUUCACUGAAGCUUUUUAAAGAGAAAUCCUACACAGAGCCCUACCAGGAGCUGGAAUAUCCUGUGGUAAAAUACCUGAGGGAGGCACUGUAUUUUGAAGUUGAACUGCUCCAGCCUAAAGAUUUGAGACUAGAACUAAACCUGGAUGACUGUUGGGCUACAAACUCCCAAAGCCAGGACAGUCUUCCACAGUGGCCUAUGCUUAUAAAUGGGUGUGAAAACAGUGGAGACUCCUACAAAGCUGUCUUCCACAAAGUUAAUUAUAGCCUCAGAGUAAAAUUUCCUCAGCACCUGAAGAGAUUUGAAGUGAGGAUGUUCACCUUUGUACUAGGCACAACUCUGUUACAAGAGCAGCUGUAUUUCCACUGCAGUGUGAUGAUCUGCAGCACUAUGCAGCAGCCUUCAGGCUCUCUUUGUUCAAGGAGAUGCAAUCCUGGGAAACACAGACUUGGUAAGAAAACUGGCGCUUCUCAAAGACUCAACAAGAACUAUUUACUUUUAUGAAGCUGCAGUUGGGUGGCUAAAGCAUGCAUAGCCUGCCCAGGCUUAUAAGUAAAGACAUCUUGAAAGUAUCUACUAGGAAAAUAUAUUGAUACCCUUUACUCAGAAAAGGGCCCGCUAACAAGUAUGGAUAUAUAUUUUUGUCUUUAACUUAAAUUAAUCUUGCUCUCUUGUGCUCCUCUACAGUGUCAAAUUCUUAGUCUUUUGUGUGACUUGCAUCUGACCUAGUCUGCUCAGCUAACAUGUCUAGAACUUGUCUAAUCAGUUUGUAGUUGGAAGCAUCUGGUUUGGGGUAGGGGGAGAAAGGUGGCAACAGGUAGGAAGUCAACAGUAAAUCACUCUGAGCUUUUUUAAAGCUUCAGUAUGAACAAAGGAUUGCAGGGAGCUUAAUGUCAAUAAGCGAAAAUGUGUUUUGAAGCAAAUUGGGGCUGAACAUAGUUGAUCCUAUAGCAGUUAUUGACAGAAAAGCUGUAAACUGUGGAUCUCUUAGGAGUGUUGUGGCUGCGCAAUGUCAAGUUGCCUUCCCUAGGUGGGGAGAAAAUGCUCACAGGUAGCAUCAGCAACUACAUAGGACAAGUAAGCUGUCAGCCUGAACUAAAAAAUAAAAAAAUCCUUGUAGUGAAGACUUGUCGUAGUAGUAAUGAUAAUACAUGGACUCUGUCCAUAAAGUGUUAAAGAUUCUUGCUUACUAGAAAACAUGAUGCUCAGGAGCUCCAGUCAGAUUAUCCUGUGUUGGUGUGAGGUUUUUUGGGUUUUGGUUUGGUUUGGGAUUUUUCUUUUUUAUAGGAGGAAUAUUUCUUGGUUACUUUUUUUUGCAUCUGAACAGUGAUGUGAAAACAGUUCAGAUUCAAUAUUGUAUUUUCCUGUUCUAAGGAAAGCUAUUGCUUAGCAUGAAUCACUAUCUCUUAGGGCUAAAGAUACAAUAAUGGAUGUCUGCUUUUUAACUUUAUAUUAAAUAGAAUUUCUGUGAA